AAAUGCAUAGUGUUUUGUAAGAGGACACAGCACACAGACCCGAGGCGUCACGCAGAAGAUUUAGAAGAAACAAUCUGUGCGGGGUGUCGUUGUAAUCAAGUGCUUCGACACUUACUAUGGAUUUCAUUUCUACAUAGGUCCAAUAUGCAAUUAAAAUGCAACUUAUCGUAGGUUUUAUCGUCGCUGGUGGCGGCACUUGUCAUAUGAAGAACGGUUGCGUCGAGGUGGGGAAGCAGAUUUCGGAGAAGACGCCUGAGCAGUGCUCUGGUAUGAGCUGGACUCUACACAGCGGCCAUAUUUGGGGUAGAGUCAGAGAACAGGUAUUUAGGAAGUGACGUCACUGUCCCCUGAAGGCGGCGGGGGCGCUUCAGAGAGCAAGAUGGCAGCAAAAUCUGAUGGCGUGAGGGUCGCUGCCGGUUUCGCCCAGUUGCACAACCUGGACGAAACGGUGGAGUACGACGACGAUGACCCGGGCGACAGCAGCGCUAUUCACAUCUGGCGCUGCUGCAACACUUCGUCCUGCUACUGGGGCUGCCGGAGCGCCUGCCUGCGUACUCUCCGGGGGAAGGGGACCGAACGCAGGCGGCCGCCGCCGGAGGAGCGCCUAUGGCUGGACUGUCUGUGGAUCAUCCUCGCGCUGCUGGUCUUCUUUUGGGACGUUGGCACGGACUUGUGGCUGGCCAUCGACUACUACUCCAAGAGAGACUACCUGUGGUUCGGACUGACUCUGUUCUUCGUGCUCGUUCCGUCGGUGCUGGUCCAGAUCCUGAGUUUCAGGUGGUUCGUGCAGGAUUACACCGGGGGAGGGCUGGGGGCUGUAGAGGGACUCAGCCGGAGAGCCACUGCGGAGCUGACCAUCGGCAUUUACAGCCGGGACAGGUGCUGUCAAAUAUCCGUGUGGAUCUGGCAGGUUGUCAUACAUAUUCUGCAGAUGGGACAAGUAUGGAGAUACAUCCGCACCAUGUACCUGGGCAUUCAGAGUCGGCGGCAGAAGGCGCACCAGCGGCGGUUCUACUGGGCCAUGAUGUACGAGUACGCUGAUGUCAACAUGCUGCGGCUCCUGGAGACCUUCCUGGAGAGCGCCCCCCAGCUGGUGCUACAGCUCUGCAUCAUGAUUCAGAAGAACCGGGCCGAGACGCUGCAGUGUAUGUCCUCCGUUGGGUCCCUCGUGUCCCUGGCCUGGGUCCUGGCUUCCUACCACAAACUCCUGCGGGACUCUCGGGACGACAAGAAGAGCAUGAGCUACCGCGGCGCCGUGAUCCACUUGUUUUGGCGGCUCUUCACCAUCUCCUCACGGGUGCUCUCCUUCGCCCUUUUUGCCUCCAUCUUCCACCUCUACUUCGGCAUCUUCGUGGUGGUGCACUGGUGCGCCAUGGCCUUCUGGGUGGUGCACGGGGGCACCGACUUCUGCAUGUCCAAGUGGGAGGAGGUCCUGUUCAACAUGGUGGUGGGCAUCGUCUACAUCUUCUGCUGGUUCAACGUGAAGGAGGGCCGGACCCGCUGGCGCAUGGUGGCCUACUACUCGGUGGUGCUGCUGGAGAACACGGUGCUGACCUGCCUGUGGUACGCGUAUCGGGACCCCGCCACCACCGACCCGUACGCCGUGUCGGCGCUGUGCGGCGUGUACCUCAGCUUCGCCUCCGGGGUGCUCUUCAUGUUCCUGUACUACGGCGUGCUGCACCCCAUGGGCCCGCGCGUGCGCGUGCUGGCCAGCUCCUGCUGCGCCGAGCUGCUCUGGGGGCUCCCGCUGCCCCCCGAGGCCGAGCCCAUGGCCUCCACCCCGGGGCCCCGUGGCUCCCAGGCCACGCCCAGCAGGGGCUCCACGGGGGACCACACGGAGGAGGAGGAACUGGCAGGGGACACCUGCCUGCCCGUGUUCCAGGUGAGGUCCACCACGCCCACCACCACCAGGGGCCGACCCUACCGCCCGGAGGGGCCCCUCAUCAAGAUAGACAUACCCAGGAAGCGCUACCCGGCCUGGGAUGCCCACUUUGUGGACCGGCGUCUGAGGAGAACCAUCAAUAUUCUGCAGUACAUCACGCCCAGCGCCGCAGGGAUCCGCUAUCGAGACGGACCCCUGCUAUACGAGCUGCUUCAGUAUGAGUCCUCCUUAUGAGACCUCAUCCCUCCCUCCCUCCCUCCGUACCGCUCUCUCUCUCUGUCUCCCUCUCAGUUCCCCUCUGUCUCUUUCUCUCUCUGUCUUUCUCUGUGUCACCACGCCUGUUUCCCAUUCACCUGCGUUUGAUUUGUUUGUUCCUUGACAGAAGCGUAAAAUGUUUGUGUCACCGUCUCCAAGUCCGUUUUCAUAUGUUCAAAUUGUUCGUUAAUGAAAACCAAUAUAAAAAGAUAACAUGUAGCAACAAAAACAGGUUAAAACAGCUGAAAGUAUAAGUGAUAUAUUUUCAGUUGCUUUAACACGCAUAAGCCUACAGAUGUACGAUAAACGGAUAAGCUGUUUUAGGUUUGGGUGCCUGUCAGAGUGUGUAAAUGUUCAGCAUUUAAGUGUUUCAGUGUUUCUGCUUCACAGAUGUGAUGGUCAUUACUCUCUGUACCCAAAGGAGGAGCAUCUCUUGUCGCAGGGCGUGUGUUGACUAACGCUGCCGACAGAGCAUGAUGGGAAGGAUGGAGGCUAGGUGAUAGCGCCCCCCCCCCCCCCGCCACCCUGCAGACUGCUCAGUGCUAGCCACUUCCAGGCCCAGUCCAGGGGGCCGUUUUAAGCAGUUAGUGUAUCCGCUCUGAAAAUCCCGAGACAAAAAUUAGCCAUUUUUUCUUCAACUGCAAAUGCACCCAAAUCUCUUCUUCAACUCCGUUCUUCCUUUUUCGUUGGUUAAAUGCCUUGCUCCGGCUCUUGCGCAGAGAGUAAACACGAUUUUCUCUCUUUCACCUACACCUAGUUCUGCCUUUUUUCAGAGAGAGAACGCUCCCUUUUUUCUUGUUCUUUUCUGAGCAAACACCCUCUUCUACAAUUUUCUGAGUGAACGCCCAUGUUUUGUCUCUUGUACAGAGACUGAACCCCCAGCCCUGCACAGCCUUUACCCCCCCCCCCCCUUCCCCCAUUACUUAAGCUCUGCUGAAUCUGUGCAGGUUACUGAAUUUGCCGAUAUCACUGUGACCACUGCAGGUGGCAGAUCGUAUUUAAGACCCACCAAAGCUCGCUCAUUUGGUGCUUGCAGUGUUACAGUGGCAUUACGAGUCAGACCGCCUUAAAAAAAUGAUCUCUCUCUUCGAAAACGAUGUCACUAUCAAGUAAUACGAUGAGUAAUAUUUUCAAUUAGCAUUACUGCAGUAGAGUGUCCCCUUCCCUCUUUUGCAUUAUGAAAAGCUUCAGAGCAGAAAUCUUUUGUCAGUGGCUUCCUUGGAAUUUAUCGAUAACUGAUUUUUCGGUAAGGUAUCUAGCGUGAUUGUUUUGUUUCCCAAAAUGAGCGUGAACAAAUUCAAAAGGCAAUGAUACACAUACAUACAAGCUUCUGAAGCAAAUGCCAGAACGUUUGCCAACCAAUGGACUCUCACCAAAAUCCAAAGCACAGCGUAAACACCGUGAUUCAAAAGCUCGCGGCAAAGACGUAGGUGUUAGGCGAGGCGUGCCGUCAGCUGAAGACGUAGAGCAUCGAUCAGUACGGAGCCUUCCCACAGUCCUGUAUUUAUUAGCGUGAGAGUCAUAUUAGUGCUACACCUUCGCAAAGCGCAGUUAAAAUGGCAAUAACUGCGUUUGAUUGAUUCCUCUCCCCUUAACGUCCGGCGGCGUGGGAGUUUAGAUUUACAGUCAUUUCCCCCGUUUCCGAGUGGCGGUGAAUCAAUGUAGAGCUAUUUUCAUAAAAAAAAAAAAAAAAGGAAACAGUCAUUUGGGCUUUCUGUGAAAGUGCUGCUCCACUCUCGGCGGUCUUUCAGAGAUGAAAAAUAGAACUAAGUGCAUUCCAUUUUUCACAUUUGAGAAAAUAUGUUGUUUUUUUUCGUUUAGAAAAUAGCACAAUUUUUAAACGUGCGGCGUGCUGCUGCUGCACACGGUGAGGUCGGCAAUGAAUCCAGAUGGAUCAAAUUUAUACCGGCUAAGAAUCAGCCGUAUUUUCCCAAAGAACCGAAGCUGUCACCGCUCUCCAGGCAAGCAAACAGCCAGAGCAAAAGCAACGGUUAUGGAUAUAAAACUUUAAAAGAUGACGUUUAAAAGCACAGACCACUCUCCUGCCCUCCCAUCAUCCCUCUGCUCCUCCCAACAUAUCAAUUCUUCCUCUCCUCCUUUAUCUUCUUCCCCUUCUAAAUCCUUCCUCCUCUUUCGCAGAUCGCGGUUCAAAUUGAAUUCAAUUUCAGUAAUAAACUCAACAAGGUGCCAGUGUAUGUCACUGAUUCCAAAGGGGAUCCUGACAUGCACACAUGUUUUUCAGUGUGUACUGUGACUCUUUCAUUAUCAUGUUUAUUUUUCGAUGGCUUAGAUAUAAGAAUGUGAAAAAAAAAAUCUACAUUUUAAAGCUUGUGAAAAUAGAAGCUAUCUUUGCCUGAAUAUACCUGAAUUUUUGUACACAGUCUAACCAGGUCAGCCUGGCAGUUUCAAAGCGGGACGCAUUUCUUAACUCCCUUAGCGUGCGGGGCUCACCACUGUCGCCCUCUGCUGGCCGCUGUCUAAAAAAAAAGCCAAACCACACCUGUAAACACACCUGUACUGUAAUCCACCGUCUUGGUCUGUGGUGCACUUGGCCUCCAAGUAUCUCGCUGUCAGGGAUAAAAUUUGAUAGGCGUGUACAAAUUGCAUCAUCAUCGGUACUAUGACGAUCAUAAAGCUAAUAGCGAUAAGCAUUAUUAUCGGGUGCGCGUGAGAGUUUGAGCGAUGGGUCAGGACUUUGAGGAGCGUCCAGGUGCUUCACAGAGAGGAAGAGCCUUCUCUCUUCCUGCAGGUUACCGGCUGGGCGCUGCCGGCGAGCCCAGGCCUGAGCAGUGCGGGUGAGACCAGGGGAGAAGGGUUCUUGCCGGGGAUGGAAAACAACCCGAGGCCAGCCCGCGGGGGGGGGGGCGAGUCCACGCGCAGAGUUUCCAAGGUCCUCACGAGGUCCUGUUUGGGCGUCCCUCGCCCGUCUGGCGUUCUUCCCGCCCGCGGAUCCCGCUCGGUCUCGCCGAGACGGCGUUGUCCGUCAGGGCGUGACCGCGUCUGCGCGUGGGCGUCGCCGUACUUCCGCAGGCUGGCCUCCCGGACGCUCGGCUCGGUUCGGCCGCGUUGGGCUCCAUCCUUGGUUGCUGCUCGCCCUUCCUCCUCAGCAGCGAGGGACUCAGGUGUAUUCUGGUGCAGAUUCUUUUUUUUAAUUUUUUUUUUUUUUUAGGGAUUUUACCUAGGGUGGGGCGGGGAGGGGUGGGGGAUAAACGGAGAUCAUGUGGGAGCAUGCAAGUAGCCCUUCCCCCCGUCACAUCUUUGUCAUCUGUGAUUGGCCAACCCUGCCACCUCUGUCGGCAUUAGGUCCCUUUCCAGGAAUUGAGUACCAUGGGAAAAUUCAGCCACUUUUUAAUCUUUUUUUUUUUUUAGAUGAGCCUGUACACACAACUUUCAGAUCAUAGGAUAUGUCUGGACUUCAUCAAUUUUCUCUCUCCCCAACCAAGUCCUCCCCUCCUGUCCCACUCUGCGGGUGGCAAGGUCAUUGGAAGAGCACAUCCAUGCACCUCCCCCAGGGUCUCCUUUUCCAUCCCGCACAAUUCUGGCUCGCUGUUGUUUGCUGGAGAAUCUCUCUUCUUUAGGGUCUGCAUGCAGGCACAAAUACUGGGCUUCGAAUAGAAUAUAAUAGCAGCACAGAUUGGGCCGUAGUGUUGGGACCUCAUGGUUUCCAGAUUGAGCUGGUAGAUUUAGACCUUAUGGUUGCCAGUAUGGGUCACAGAUUUGAGUCCUCAGGGUUACCAGAUUGGGGUGUAGAGGUGGGGACUCAUGGCUGCCAAUCUGAGCUGGUAGAGUUGGGCCUAAUGGUUGCCAGAUUGGAUUAUAGAUAUGAGACCUCAGGGUUGAUAGAUUAGGCUGUAGGGUUGGGGCCUCACAGAUUCCAAAUGUUGCAUUGUACUCAACCACACUUCCUGCAUCAGUGAGCUAUGUUUAAAAGAGGGGAGAGAGGGGGCUUUCCCACUGCAAUUCCAUUAGUUUCUUCACAUGAAAAACAGCACAGGGCCCAGGAUGUAUAUAAUUUGGUACUGGACCCUGAUGUCAGUUGUUUCAAUAAUCACUUAGGUUCAAUUGAUAAAAAUGGAUUCAAUAAUAAAAAAAUAAUAAUUAUCAUGCAGUAAUAAUAAUAAUAAUAAUAAUAAUAAUAAUAAUAACAGUAAUAAUAACUGUAAUAAUAAUAAUAAUAAUAAUAAUAAUAAUGGAUUUGCAUAUAUAUAAAACCUUUAAUCUAAGAGCUCUUUACAGUGGGGUUGGGGACUCCCCUCAAACACCCAUGAUGUGUGUCCCCCACCCCUGUUACACCAGAACACUCAUAAUGCUUAUCAGCUCUGGCAGAGGGUGGAAUUUACAGUGCCAAAGUAAGCAUGGGGAUGAUUAAAUUAUUUUCUGGUGUUUUUGUUCCAGUGACAUCAGAUUUCUUCCCAUACAAAAAGCACAAGAUAUUUUUGUUGAAAUAGUUUUUAUAAAGUGUAGCCCACUGCAUCCAUAACCAUGUCCUAAACUACUGCCACAUGCAUUUUGGCCCCAGAUUUUUCCUUUUACUUUAACCACUGUAUUAAAAUGUUUUCACCCAACUAAUAUAUGGCAGUAAGUGGUCUUUGCAAACAGCAAUGGAUAUCUUAAUAUUCCAAUAUCAUUGAAGCAGAAGUAUUUAUGUUGUCACUGUUUAAACCAAAGUUUUAACAGUUUUCUUCCUAGUUUGAUGAAUAACAAAUAUCUGUUUUCAUCCAACUAAUGUUCAGGAGAAGGUAGUUUAAGCCAAGCUUUAAACUUUAAACAUGAAAUAAUAUAAUAAUAUUGCAAUAUUACAACGGCAGAAAUGCAUUUUCUUAAGUCUUUGUAUUUUUUUAUAACCGCGAUGAAAUAAGUUGAUGAAAAUUGCACGACUCUCUUCUGUUUUCAAGCACUGCAUGUAUCUACAAAAAAAAAAAAACAACCAGCCCCCUCUCCUCGAACACCUGACCCCCCUCCCUCCUCUGUGCCUUUUCUCCAGUGGGGGCAGUGACCCCUUCCCCCCCCCAUCAGGGCUGGCCCUCCAGCAAACAGCAAUGCCAGUACUGUAUUACGUGUGUGUCUGUAUGUGCUCGCGCGUGUGCGUGCGCAUGUGUAUGUAUGCGCCAGUGCAGUAACACAACACAUCUGUACAUGAGCAUGUGUCAAUGACAUGAGACUAUACCGCCAUAUAUUAUACAUUCCAGUGUUGCUAUGGUUAUAAUAUUCUGGCUGACGUGAAGUUGUGAUGCGACUGACGAUUGGAACGGAGCGUCUCUCAAACGGGGGCGGCGCCGCGUGAGAGACGUUGCCAGGGUUACUGCGUUAGGAGGGCGUCUCGAACCUCGUUCGUCUCUGAGCUCGGACAGGAGUGGGUCCACCGACUCGGCCUGCCGUCUUGCCGGCCAGCAGAAUAGUGUGAGAUCUAGGUGGUGAUUGAAUUAAGGUGCCAUACAGGGUGUUAUACAUUUUAAGAAAAAAAAAAAAAAACUAAACUAAAGGGCGUGACACUUAGACCAUAGAAAACAGGUGAUUUUGUUCUGAGGUAGGCAAAGGAAAGAAGUUUUAGCGCUGAAAGAUUUGAUUGAAUCUGCACCUUAAUUAUUGCCCUUGGAUACGCCUACCAGAUUUUGUUGCGUGUUUGUGAUUUAUCUCAGUGAAGUUUCAGUCCAAUGUUUUUUUUUUUAUUAUUCAUUUUUAACGAAUGUUUUAUUCAUUUUUUUUUUUUAAAUGAUUGCCGAAUGUAUAGCAAGAAAAGUGCCAAGAUUCAACAAUAGCAACAGUUAUGUCUUCAGUCUUCAGUUUUUUUGUCGCAUAGAAAAAUCUGGGCGAAAAAUUCAUGAAAAUAUUUCAAAUGGUUCCAUGGAAUAUGUGGUGCUCGCUGGGGUGUAAUUCCAAAUUUCUGUAUUCUUGUGAAGUGAAAUGGUGAAAUGAGGUCACCUAGUUUAGCUAACUUCAGCACAUACUGGAUGAGAUUACUUCCUGCACUGUUCCAGCCUUCAUAUAUGAAAAGUAUACAAGUGGAACAUAUUACGCAUUACUGUCUUCGGUUGGAAAAAUAUGAACUUUAUGUCAUGUUGUUCUGCUGUAAAGCCGAGCUGAAAUUAUGCAGGACGGUGAGUGUAAUUCAUUUAGAUUCAUGGUGCUGACAAACACACCCAAAGGUGCUACCGCUACGCGAACUGCGGGGCUUCCCUGUAGCUCCGCCCAGUGUGGUUCCCUCCGCCCACAAAUGACCUGCCUCACGCCCUACUGACUCUGCUCUGCCCCGUCCGAACGCGUGCCCUGCCCAAACACGUUUACAGCAGAGCAUUUGGUGCCACUGUUCUUCAACCUGCACAGAAGUGAUCAUAAGGGUUAGCGUGCGUGCGCGUGUGUGUGUGCGUGUUUGCGUUCUCAUGUUUAUUUCUGCUUGAUUAAAACAAAAUGCAUUAUUUUCUUAUUGGUGAAAACAAAUGUUAAAAGAAAAAAAUAAUGUUUUCCUGUCCUGUGUAAGUCUUCAACUUGUGUAUAGUGUUUUGAUUCUGAUUAGUGUAGUACUGGUAUUAAUAUUACAUAUUACAAAGAAGGUUUAUUUUACAUUUUUGUGCAUAUUUUUUUAAAGUGUACAGCCAGUCAAAAUUAUAUAUAGCUUUCAAUAUACACAGCUAUUUAUAAUGUUGGGGAACAAAGUUAGUCAGUCAAUCUUGAGAGAAUUUUGUCGUUUUAUUGUUUUACAAUUCACAAAUAUGUCGUUUUAUUGAUGGCCAUGGGGCAUUCCUCAUACGGUACCCUCUAGCUAAAACGUCAUCCAGCACGCUACAUGUAACUCAGCUCUGCUGCGGCUGAACCAGCUGAACGAUACUUUGUUAGUAAAAAGCGGUUCGAGAAAUGGCAUGUACGAUGUAGUGUGAGAUGUAGUGUAAAUGUGCUGUAAUAAUAAGCGGCGAUGUCCGAAGCCGCUCAUCCCUCUAGCUUUUAUGAACAGAAAAAAAAAACAAGGUGCUAAAGUCAAACCUCCUUUUGUUUACUUUGGUCUGUAGAUGUAAAGAAGAAACAUAACUGUGUAAAGUUCCUGUAAAGCCUUACUGUAGAUGGAUGUAUCAGGUUGUUAUUCUCAAAAUAUGGAGAAAAUUGAAGUGUAUAUAAUUCAUGUAUAAUUCCUGUUUACUUAUACGAUGUACAUAUUUGCUGUUUUCAUUUAUUUUUUUGUGGGGGGGGGGAAGGGGGGGGUGUUAUUAUAAUGGUAUGAUGUAUAACGGUAUUCCCAAUAACAAUGGCUCUUAAAAGACAUGUGAGCAGGAGUUGUAAGCGAUGAUGCGUUUCUUUCGCGCACCUGCUGUCAUUCUUUUUGCUUCGUUUUUUGCGUUCAUUUGCCUUUGAUAAUCAGAUAUCAGUUACGCAAACUGAUGUCUGGCGAGGAUUGACAAAAGCACACAUAAUAUUUGUCAUUGUGUAGGACUUAUCUUUACAGUUGUCUCCUGUCAACGCUCUAGUUGCGCAUUUGAGAACAAACCUUAAAUACUGAACAAAGAAACGCCCUUAAUUACUGUAACAUGUAGGCAAGUGGGAAACAAACGGAGAGUUAACUGCAGGGACAUGGACGGCAUACUGUAGCUAGUGGCACUGCUCCUUUACAUUAUUAUCUCUAUAAUGCCUCCCGGGCCAUUGUAACAUGGGUCAGGAAAUGGUUCAUAUUCACAACACGUUCAGCGACAAUGCAGUGAAGGUUGGAGCAGUGGCCUUUUCAAAAAGAAGGGAACGCGAUACGAGCUUGCAGGAGUGUACUCUAUAGAUCACUGCCUUACCUAACGGUUGCACUGCUCAAAGAUAACAACAGUGUUGAUUCUUUUUAGGCCAGGAAUCAAUGUUUUGUUUCAGCAGCAAACAAAUGCACUUUCUCACCUUGAUGCAAGCCCACAAAUCAAAAAAAACUAUGCAACCUAGACCAAUUUGUUCUACUAACAUUAUUAUUUGACUUUGAAAAAAGGCUUUAUAUAUCAGCUUUUAAAUAGCUUCAAAUCUGGUGCAAGGUGAGAGUGCAAAUAACCCAUGCAAAAAAAAAAAAAAAAAUCAGACAACAGCAGACUUUGAAACUACAGUAAAAUGGAGUAGGACAUCUGACUCAUUUGGUGGUUUGGCCCAUGUCUGGGCUUAUAUAUUUUGGUAGAUCUAGUUCUGUUUUAUAGAUCGUACUGAUACCACGUUACUCUAUGUGUGUGUGUUUAUAUAUGUGUGUGCAUGUUUGUAGUACUUGUGUGCAUGCCUGUGUGUGUGUGUGUGUGUAUUUGUAUGUGUGCAUGGACCGCAGAGUUCAUUCCUGUGUAAAAUACAGUGGUUUUGGGAAUGAGGUGUGGAUUAACUGAAGCACUCAUCUGUAGAUUUACAAACAUCAAUCUAUCAAACGUUCCUGUGCUCUGCUGUAGGCUUAACACACCAACUGAGUCAAUUCAUGCACGUACCUGUCGGCAUAGAAACAUCAGCUCCUUCAGCUUUUCUUUAGGCUCAGAAUGGAUCCAUAGACGUAUCAUGACCGCAUAGCUAUUUUACGCACAUUAGAAAAACAGCUGUAAAGCACAUGGACAUGUAGCACACGUAUGGCACUGAACCACAUGACUAUGGACUUCAUGUCCCAUCAGCAUCUGGGCUGGCUCUGCCUCUACCUGUACUGAAGGCUAGAUUGAUGGUGAGGUGAUAAGUUCCCAUUGGUAGUGAUGCGUUGAUGGCUGACAGCCAUAUCAGUGGUAGUCUCCAUUAACAGGGCAGCAGGGAAGUAAUUACAUUAUGGCCCCGGCCUUCAUUCAGUGCCAAGUUGUGUUUGUAACCCAUGCUUAUCAAAGUAUGUUAUGCAUUUAUGCAUGGUAUAUGGACCGUUGCUGUUGUUUAGAUUUCACUGCUUUAUGUCCACGGAUGGCUAUAGGUGUUGACGAUGUAAUAGCACUGAUUUACUUUCUAUCAGCAGUGUUUGGGUGUGUCGGAAGGAUAAGUUAAAGUAGGCAAGUAACGAUGUAGUUUUAAAUCCAUUUAUGUGGGGAAAGGGCUAUUUAAGAGCACUGAAAACUGAAAGCGUACGGACUACUGAAAGGGCAUAUCCUUCUGUCACGACCCCUCAUGCUGACUCUAAAGGUGCAUUUCAGGGUUAUGUUCAUGCCAAGGAGACUAUGUCCUCCACUGCAGCAGUACAUACAGUACACAGGAGUCCAUGCUAUAUUGUUUAUAUCUGCAUGACUAGAGGCAUUAUUUAAAAAACGGCUUGUUUUUAUCGUUCAACCAGUGAGUAUCAUUCCAAUGAGUCUACCUCCUCAUAACCCUCUCAUAAAAAAAUGUUAAUAUUCCCCAUGUAUUGCAUUAUGGGGCAAAACAAGGUUUGGGACAGUGCUAUAUUAACAGACAUAUGAAUUAUAUAGAUAUAUAUAAAAUAUAUUUUAUAUGAUAAUAUAUAUUUAUAUGUAAAUAUCUAUAUGCGGAUCAUUCACGUUGGAUUUCAAAAUAGAACACGUUGUGCAGCACGAAUCGAGCCAAACCUGGACUUGAUUUAGUGUGUUUGUGCAAAUAAGCUAAACAUAUUUUCCUCAACUUGAUAAUGCUAUCUGCUCAGAUGUUUUAAUUUCAGAGGACAUAUUUGAAAAUAUCUAACAAAUAUUUUUACACUUCAUUGGAUUUAGCAAAUACUAUAGAUUUGUCAUAAAAUAACAAAUAUAACAGAGAAUUCAGCUCUUAAUUUUCAAGUCAGAGUUACUCACCAAGUCUCUUUCUGUUUACAUGCCAGUCACUUCUCUGAUAAUCAACUCAUAGCAGAAUGAGCCUCAGAUUUGUUUGAGUCUUAGUUUUUGAUUUGAAUUUUUGAGAAUAGUAAUUUACUUCCCUUUCCAUGUCAUAAUUAGCAAUAGCUCCAUAUCAGUUGAUGAAUAAUAUCCAUACCAUAAGAAUUAAAUAUGAAUUUACAAUAUUAAUUUCAUACGUAUUCUUCAUCAAUCUAUGUUCUGCACAACCCCUAAGUUCCAUGAUGGUAAUUUAGGUUUUAUUUAAAAAAAAAAA